GAGAUUGAUCGGGGAGGAGGAUGAGAGGCCUCAGAUCGCGGAUCCUCCGGACCCUGCAGUCCUUCCCCAACGCCGCCGCCGCGCAGUCCAACGCCCUCCUCCCGCCCCCCGACGCCGCCGCACCCGAGGCCGUGCCCGAGCCGGCCGCCGUCCCCGAUGGCGACGACGACAAGGAGAACCUGUCGCCGGAGGCCAACCCGCGGAAGGCCAAGAAGAUGAAGGUGGGCUCUCUGGAGGGUGGCUCUCUGGAGGAGUCCGGCAGGCGCUACCGCCGGCCGGAGCUCGAGUCGUCCAGCCUCUUCGACCCGGACCUCCUCGCCGCCUUCCGCGGCGUCGUGGACGCGUACGCCCAGGCGCUCGACAAGACCCAGCGCCGCGAUGUCGACUUCGACGACGCCGACGACGACAUCGCCGCCGCGCUGGACGCCGGCGGCCGCGACGAGGACCCCCUGGCCGGGCUGGAGUGCCGGUGCCCGCCCGGCGGGGAGCGGGCCGUGGUGCUCUACACCACGUCGCUGCGCGGGGUGCGCAAGACGUUCGAGGACUGUGCCACCGUGCGCCGCCUGCUCGACGGGCUCCGCGUCGCCUUCCUGGAGCGCGACGUGUCCAUGCACGCGCCCUACCGGGACGAGCUCCGCGCUCUGCUGCCGCCUCCGCCGGGCGACGGCGCCAGCAUGCCCCUGCCGCCGCGGCUGUUCGUGGACGGGCGGUACGUGGGCGGCGCCGACGAGGUGGUGGCGCUGCACGAGCGGUCGCGGCUCCGGGCGAUGCUCCGGCGCGCCGCGCGCCGGCGCGCGGGCGACGCGGCCUGCGCGGUGUGCGGCGGCGCCUGGUUCGUGGUGUGCGGCGGGUGCAGCGGCCGUCAUUGGCUCUAUGACGACGGCUCGGCCGCCGCCGUCGCCGCCAGCCGCGUGCCGUGCCCCGGGUGCAACGAGAACGGGCUCGUGCCGUGCCCCCUGUGCAGCUGAGGUGAUCCCUGCCCUGCCCCGACAGACAUGUACAUCUUUUUUGUGUAUCACCAUGGCGACAGCGAAAUUCUUUGCGAUUGUUUCACCCUGUAGUAAGUAUAAUUUGUCACACAUUUGUUCUCCGCUCAUUCACCCUGCAAAUUGUGAAAUCCAUGAAGCCAUUGUGCAUGUACGACAUGAUCUGAUGUGCUGUGACUGUGACACUCUCAUCUGUUGUUCAGA